AUGACGUUCACAAAUCCCGAGGAAAUCCUAUUCCUCCUUCGCACGUGCGGUAAACCCCUGUUCCUCCUUCGCACGCUCCGCGGCGCGCUUCUCGAGUUCUUCGGCACGCUGACUGGCAAGCUUCGAGGCACUUCGGCCAGUAAGAGGGGGCUCCCCUGCCUCAGCGCGAGCAAGAGCGUCAGCCUUGAACUUGCGUUCACACUCCUUGAACUCGCGAUCAUUCUUGUUCCGAACAUUGAUCUUCUUGGCCAUGUCUGCGCCUUCGGUCUUGACCUUGUGGAGGUGGUCGCGGAGAGAUCGUUCAAGACUUUCAGGGCAUUGACAUUAAUCUGCAGUCAUGGAGGAGAACUUACGCCAAUGCUUGAGGAUGUCAUCCACCUCGACCUUGUUGGUCUUCAGGACAGUGGAGAACAGCUAUAG